AUGGAGAAACUGAUAGAAGAAGUCAAAAAGUAUCCUGUAUUGUACGACCAAAGAAAUGAAAAAUAUAGGAAUGCUGAAUAUAAGGAAAGGGUAUGGACUUUAAUUGCUACGCAUUUAGAAAUAAAGGGCGGUGGCGAAGAAUGUAAGAAAAAGUGGGCCUCCGUUCGAGAUCAGUUUCGAAGGACCCUUCAAAGAAGAAGGACUGUCUCUGGACAAGCUGCUGUAACUCUCCGAAAAUAUAAAUAUGAAGACGUCUUGCAGUUUUUGUUACCGCAUGUCGCAGAGCGAGAGACAAUUUCUAACGUUACUGAUAGUGAGGAGGUAGCUAAUAAUGAAGUUUCUGCUGAUGAUACCUUGGAGGAGGAAGAAGUUAUAGAUGGUGACGAACCUGAAUCUGUGCAAGAAUAUAUACAAGAGGAACCUGAAAUACUUGGUCAGAAAACCCAGGAAGAGGUGCUCUCUGUAAACUCGUCAGCCAAGAAUCCAAAAUUUAUCAAACCUGUAUUAAAACGAAAACUGCAGCAGCGUCAAUCGAAACCUCCAGAAACAGCUUCCUCUCAACUAAUGACGUACAUUUUAUCUGAGAAGAAAACUCAAAAACAAUCAGAAGUAGCAAGUGUCGAAGCAGAAAAACAUCCUGUUGAUGCUUUUCUGGCUGGUAUAGUAGCUCCCCUGAAGUUCCUUAGUCCCAUUCUUCUAAACGAAGCUAAAGGCCGCAUUUUUUCCAUAGUACAGGAAUGUGAAAUGAAACAGCUGCUGGCCUCUCAAGAAACAAUUCGUUCAUUUCCUUGCAACCAAUUUGCACCCUUACCAGCAUCAUCACCAGCAUUUGCACCCUCACCAGCAUCAUCAGGGUCUGUGCACUCUGUUCCAACACCAUAUGCAUCUCCGGUAUACUGGAAUUUAGAUAAUGCAUCACAACUUUCUGGACACCAUACAGAUCAGACCCAGAAUCUAGAAUGA